GGGAAAGACACAAACGCACCGUGCUGGAUUUUGGCUUCAAAAUGGUAGCGGAUUACGGUUGAAAAGGUUUCUUCGGAUGAAAAUGUGAAUCUCGACAAGAUGAGCAGGGAACUUGCAUCGAUCCCACCUGGCUCCGGGAAAUGGACGGAGCAAAAAGGGUGUCAAGGACCGCUCCCUUGAAUUAUGUUGCAGCAGCAGCAGCAGCAGCAGCAGCAUCGAUAAGGAUUUCCUUGGCUAAUUGGUUAAUCCUGACGGAUAUCGGAUUUUGAACAAUCGAGAAGGAGUUUUUUUUUAAGCAAUUCGCACCACGCGACACAGGCGAGAAGAAAAUCGCGUACAUGCGAAAAUGAGGUUAAUUAAAUUAAAGUAAUAAGAAAAAAUCUGCCUUUCUUGAAGUGAAACGAAGAGUGAGAACGGAGUGAAACGCAAGCAAAGAAGAGAGGUAGAAAAUUUUCACGGUAUUUCGUACAUACUGCUGUAGUGGUGCGGUCGGAUGGAAGAAGGCACGGCACUACGGAGGAGCAAGAACAGUAGUUGUUCGUCAUAAUUGGUGGGGGGGGUGCAAAAAAUCGACGAAAUAAAAGUGGCCCCGCAAAGUGCUGAGGUCGAUUGGCGAAGACCUUUUGAAAAAAAGAAAAACGAAGCACCUGGGUCAAGUAACACACUGACUGGGUGGGAAGAGGUGGUUGGAAGAUCCGUGUCGCGACUUGCUGGUGCUGGUGAAGGAAUUUUGCGUUGAGCUACCAGAGAGAGAGAGAGAGAGUGCGCGUGAUUGUAACGUGGUGUAAUCGAGUGGAGCUCUUUUAUUCGGAAAAGGAGGAAAACGAAGAAGUUUACGGAGAGGAAGGAUGUGUAGUGGAAAACCUCGACUCGAGGGUGGAACCGUGAACGGAAGGAUUAUGCCGCGUGGAAAAAGUGGUCAUUUGUCAUAAUCCCGACUGAGAACGGUCAGUAGCACGGAGAGGCGUGCUGAGAAGGUCACACGCAUUUGGAAUCGACACGUGAAGACUUUCUGUGGAACGAAUACGGCGAAAGAAGGACCAGAACUACCGUGCAAGUUGGAUAACGAGAGAAGAUAUUAUCUGACAUCGGAGGAAAAUCUCAUCUACUAUAAGUGUUCUAGUGCAUUAUCAUAAGUGUCUGCUUUAAGUGUUUUUGCAUUAAAGUUGUUGUUGCUUAACGAAUAGUGGAAUACAACGCAUUACUUAGUGAUAUUAGAAGUUACUAACGGAUCGAAAAGAAAAAGGUUCAAGAAAAUAGUUCUGAGAUCCAAAAAAACACGUUAAAGCAAAGAAGAAAAGUGUCAGUCCACAUAAGUUUUCCACUGUAAAAAAAAACAAAACUCACUUAAUCUCAUGCAACAUUUUCUCACCAACAAAAAGCACCCCCCUCUUGCAGGAAUUCGGCAAACCACCCGCAUCGACCCGUCUCCGAGUGAAAGUGACAGCAAGAGAGCGUGAGAGCGAACGAACAAUCGCACACAGAGAAAGAGACCGAGAGAGAGAGAGACUUUGAAUUGAUAAGACACAAGUGAGCAAGUGCUACGAUUCACGACUCACCAAAUACCGCCCACAGCCCCUUACCGGUUGCCGUUUCAUACCCCCCGGGAGGGGUGUAAAAACGCAUGUGAACGGCCCAAGUUCUUCACUUCCAGUACUAUCAAGGAGCAGCCACGGUGGAUUCAGUGUCACUGUCAGAGCUAAAAUGUGUGCGCGUGUGAGUGAGCUCACGAAAACAUUGAAUUCAAACGUCAACAACAACAACAACUUCGUCAUCCUUGAAUGGAAUGGCAUCACGUUUUGCUCGGUAAAGGAAGAAGACGAAGAAUACAUUUGUCGAUGUAAUGCAAGGGAAAUGUAAUUGGGCAGAGUCAGAGGUUUUCUUGAUUGAGAAAGUUUGUGUGUGUGGGAGUGUUUGUGUGGGCACCAGUGUCGAGUGCAGGAAUGUGGUGGAGAAUACAAAGCAAGGUGGUAGCGAAAUUCGUUGAAUCAAGGUAGUACUACAACUAGUGAGUGGUGAAAAUCGUGAAUAAGAUCGCUAAUCGCUGAGAAUAAGAGGGAAAAGAAGAGGAAGAAUAAGUUUGAUAAAACGAGUAAAUUAGACUAUAAAAAUCGACUACUACAAAGGGUGGAAAGAAAUCGUUUUCGGUGGUGUUGAACGGGGAAAAGAGAAAGAAGAAGCGAUAUCGUGUGAAACUGAGAAAAAUACUACAUAGUCGAGCAAGGAUAUAAAUAGUGGAUCAAUAAAAAGUAAAAGAAGAGAAAUAAUACUUCAUACAACACGUCGAAGGGAACCGAGGAGGAGGAAUUGGAAUUGAAAUAAGGAAUCGUCGUCAAUACAACGGAGCUGUCGCGAACAAUUCGGCAUGAGUUAGUGCAUGAGGAUGAGUGAUGGAUUUUCCGCUUGUUGAGGAUAGUAGUUUACCUUUGGGAUAACGUUAGCGGAAAAGGUGUGCGGAAAUGCGCUUAGGGGGCGCCCCCGGUGGCGGAGACCCCCUAGCGAUGGGUGCCGGGAACGAUUACGCCGAGCUGUGCGACCUGGGCCCGUCCCGUUGGAGCUCCAGGAGCGGCUACCAGCAGGUCUCGCCGCCGGUCAACUCGAUCUACCACCACACUGGCGGCAGUAUUGCUGGUGUCGGCGGCGGCGGCGGCGGCGGUGGUGGCCCCAGUGGUCCCGGCGGCACAGUCGUCGGUGGCGGUGGGACCACGUUGUCCUCCUCCGGCGGGGCCACGAUCCGGUCCAACAGCUUCGAAGCCGAGGACGUCAUCGGUCCGUACGGCACGUCGUCGUCCCGGAUCGGCAACAGCACAAGCUCCCUGCGAGGACGUUCAGGUUUAUAUUAUUCACCACCCGGUACUUCAUAUACAAUAGUAGAAAGAGAAAGACCACACUCUCCUCAUUAUUAUUAUAACACAGCCGGUGUCCCUUCCAAAGGAGGUUCAUUGCCAAGUAGAAGUAGUUAUUUAGAGUCAGCUAGUUUAGGUGUUUCAACUGGUGCAGGUACAGUUCCAAAUUCUACCAGACAUAAUGGUAAGAAGCGGCCUAUCUCGCCAGAGCAGGUCAUAAGAUUGUUUAACACACAAAGUUCGUCUUCUUCAGUUCCUACUAGUUAUCAUAGUAACGGCACGCGAGAUCGAGGCCGUCGCAGUCCUGCCAGCAGUCCGCCUUCUACCACCCACCAGAUCUAUCGAGAUCGGGAUCGGGAUCGAAGCAUACCGAUCAUUCACAAUCUGUCGACACGCACGGUGAACAUGUCCCGUGACCAACAGACCGACGCCAGUCACGGGUUCGGCAUCUGCGUCAAAGGAGGAAAAGAUUCCGGUGUCGGCGUGUACAUAUCGCGAAUAGAGCAAGAUUCGUUAGCGGAACGGGCCGGUCUCCGGCCCGGCGAUACGAUACUGGAGGUGAACGGAACGCCGUUCAUGGCCAUCAACCACGAGGAGGCGCUCAAGAGAUGUGUGCAGAUCCUGAAAUCGUCGCGCCAGAUCAGCAUGACCGUCCGGGCGCCCCCCUCGGCAGGGACCUCGAUGAUCAACUCAACCGCACCGCUGCACGGGUUCGGGCCACCUCCGAGCGUGGUUGGCAGCACCAGUCGACUGGCGGCUGCCGUGGCCGAUCCGCUGGGGAGUGCCGGCCUUGUGGGAGGACCGACCGGCGGUGGGUCGGGAGGGGCCGGUGGCGCAUCGGUGGGCGCCUACCCGCCGCCCCCAAACCGGCAAACCUGCUCCUGGAUGGACCGCCAGGGGCGACCCGCCUCGCCACCGUACGAGUACGGUGGCCGCCGGCCGGAGCGACGGGAUCGUGUUCGAAGAGUUGAACUAGUGAUAGAACCCGGCCAAUCCCUGGGACUGAUGAUAAGGGGUGGCGUAGAGUACGGAUUAGGAAUUUUUAUUACCGGCGUCGACAAGGACAGCGUAGCGGAUCGGGCUGGACUGAUGGUCGGCGACCAAAUCCUAGAGGUGAAUAAUCAAUCAUUCAUGGACGUUACCCAUGACGAGGCUGUUAGUCAAUUCAAGUUCCACAAGCGGAUGUCGCUGCUGGUGCGGGACGUCGGGAAAGUGCCACACUCGUGUACCACCGUUGAGCCAGAACCGUGGGAUGCCUACAGUCCAACUGGAGUGAGGACCCGCCGAAAAUGUCCGGUGUCAGCGAUGGUAGAAGAAAAAGCCAGAUCCUUAUUACCUCGUCAUCAUUUUGCUAACUUAUCAUAUUAUAUAGCGGAAUAUGGUGCUAGAGGAAUGACCAUAGAGGCCUUUGUAUCUGUUUUAUUAGAAAUGUUAGAUACACCCGAGAAGCAUACUUUAGUAACAGAAAUAAGAGAGUUAAUUUUUCCUGAAGACAGGACGAGAUAUGACGAACUUGUAUAUAGGAGAGGGAGAGACGUUUACGGUGAUCCACUAGAUAGGCAUAGGAGAAAAGAUCUUUUACCUCAUUCGCACGAUUUGCCGGUUUCAGACACGGAUCUGGAAGUGAUCGAAGCGACAGGCCGAGGUCUGGCAGACGACCCCGGUGCAGUGGCGGCAGGGGCAUCGAAUUCAGCGGCAGCAGCCGGGACCACCCCGGACAUUCGCAAUCGUCCACCGGCACCACUGCCGUAUCGCCCCAUGUCGGCCGGACCGAUUCUCCACCAUCAUCCACCAACAUCGUCGUCAUCGUCCCGUCAUCUCAAUACAUCGCAGAGCCACCUGGCGGAUCUGGGCAGCGGCGGAACGCCGAAUCGUGUCGCGUUCGGUGGCCUUGGUGCCGCCUCACCGCCAGCCGGUGUCCUCGGCCUCAAUCCUCUGUAUCACCCGAAUCGACACAAAAUCUCCUCGUCGUCUAGCGACGUUGUCAAACAGUUGAAGAAUAAGGAUUACAAUGAUCCGUCACGACCUAGGAGAGGCAGCGAGACUCAGCUAUCGAGGGCGGACUAUGACUCGUCGAUGCAGCGCCUACCGAUGGACCAGAACGGCUCAUCGCUGGAGCAGAGCCAAGACCAGCCACCACAUAUAGUACCUGACCAUAGAGGAAACCUACACAUAACGGUGAAGAAGUCGAAGCCCAUACUCGGCAUCGCGAUCGAGGGUGGGGCCAACACCAAGCACCCACUGCCGCGGAUCAUCAACAUUCACGAACACGGGGCAGCGUACGAUGCAGGUGGACUGGAGGUAGGCCAGCUGAUACUGGAGGUCGACGGAAACAAAGUCGACGGGAUGCACCAUCAGGACGUCGCCCGACUGAUAGCGGAGUGCUUCGCCGCACGCGACAAGAACGAUAUCACGUUUCUAGUAGUCGAAGCAAAGAAAUCAAACCUAGAACCGAAACCAACAGCAUUAAUAUUUUUAGAAGCAUAGCAUUUGCUAUCCCUGCCGGCUAGCGAUCCGGAUAAUUCUGAAGUGCCAGAAAAAGGGAUCGACCUUACCGCUGAUAAAUUGAAGUAAGUUUUCUUUUCGGUGUUCGUUAUGUGUUCGUUCUGUUGCGGUUUUCUUUUUUUUUCUAAGCUCGUUAAGUUCGGUUUUCUGUACUAUUGUUUUUCUUUUGUUUGAAAAUGGGAAAAGUUUGCGGAACUUUUUUUAAAAAUUUCGAUCUGAGACCGUAAAGAGUAUCGCCAACUUUUCCCUGUUUUUACGCAAGUCUUACGUUUUUCCAUGAGUUCUUCUUCAAGUCAAAAAUAGCAUUAACGAAAUACGCAAACUAAGACAAAUUGUAAAGACUAUAAGCUGGAAGAGCUGUUAAAGAAGCCAAAAGGUGUUGUAAUUUAGAGCGUGAUAUUCGUAAAAUUUACUCAGAAGUAAUGUUACAAUUAAUAAGCAAAGCAAACACAAAUACACUGCCGUACUUAUAAAUGUUGACACUCUUGCGAAGGAAACGAGGAAAAACUACACUUCCCCCACUUUCCUGCUAUACUAGAUGAUUGCCCUAAAGUACUCUAAAGUUGCGUUCUGUUGUUGUUCCAAACUGUCUACACACAGCUAGAAGAGUGUAUUCGUGCUACUUUCCUUGCCCUACUCCUAACCAAAAACAAAGAAACAAUCAAAUUUGCGUUCAGCUGUUUGCACCAAACUGACAAAAAAAAAAGCACAAAACUAAUGCUGUUUUUCCUCACUGUUGUAUUUCUAUUGUUUGUUAUUAGUUUUUAAUUGAAGUUUUUAGUUCCAAAAAAAGAAAACAAUCAGCAGAAGAGAUAAGAAAGAAUUCUUUAUUCGCGGUAAUUCAGAGAUAUUCUAGCCGUCAGGGAUGUUAAACCAGGUUAAAAACCAAACACUACCAAAACAAGCAAAACGACAAAACUGAUACAAUCCUGAACAAAUCAUCAGACAAACAAUUCAUCACUUAACAAAAAAAAAAAUCAUCCAACUCUCUCAAGCUAAACUGAAACGACAAACCUAAACAGAAACAACCGACAAACGGUUCACGUUCAUUCGAGAGCGCUUGAGCAACGCUUGAACCUAAGGACGCCUACCGAUAUGCAACAUCAUUUCGUCCGACUGAACGUCACUGUCGCUGCUCAAGCGUUCGCUCGGAUCGAACGACACACGCUACGAUAGGGGUGUGCAAAUCGAAAACCAAAAAAAACAACCAAUGCCAAGCGAACCGCGGGUAACACAAAAGUAAUAACAUUUGCAAUAACGUGUGUGAGUUUAAAACUGAAAAACUAACUAAUUAAAAAAAAAAACUAAACUAAAGCAAAGCAUAAAGCGAAAACCUAAAUUUGAAAAAAAAAUUGUUAUCUGUUGACUCGUGAUUAAGGGCUUGCGCGUGUUAGGGUUAGAUUUUGAUUUCGAGUUUUUUCAUUGAUUUGGAGCUCGUUGUAAGCAAACGAAUUUCAGUAUCGCUAUUAAGUAAAGAAUACCAUAUGCUUGAGGAAUACGCCACCCACCCCUGACCGCUCUGACCAACGUCAAACGAAACAGGGGUGGGUGAGCUCCGUUAAAUAACUGCAAAUAAGAGCUUGUGCGGAAUCGAUUAAAACUACUGCUUGUGUGAUAAUUCUAAAUGGUUAAGGUACGGGAAAUACGCGAAGCCUCACAUCCACACAAACACCAACACAAACUCAAAUACAAACACACACAUACACACACUACGACACGGUAACAAACAGUUUUUAAACAAAAGAAAAAAGCUAAUCGUCGAAUGGUAUGAGUCUAAAUACAUUAAUGCUGCGUUCAUUUUUCUGCAAUGUGUGCAUGAAAAUCGAAACGAUGUAGCUGAUGAUGAUGAUGAUGAUGAUGGUGAUGAUGAUGAUGAUACAGAUAUCAAAGUUGGUUUAACCGAAUGGAACGUUCUAGGAAGGAUAUGAUUGUGCUCAAUUGAGAAUGCUUUUUAAACCACAUGUAUACAGAGAGGUCUUAAGCUAGAAGAAUACAAAAACAAAACGCGUGUGCUUUAGUGAUUGGCUAGUGGUAAUUGUAUUUUGCUCAUGAAGAAGGGUGCUUUGAUAAUAUUGAUAUUGCGAUGGACAGGUGCGGUUGCGGUGUCGAAUCGGGACGCUGGGAAAGGUUGCAUUCUUCGUUGACAUAUCAUCAAAGUUUGAUUUGAUAUUCGUGGCCGAAUUUCUACUGGUUACAGCGGAGCCAAUGUUCGAAAAAUGAUGACGACAACCUAAAGAAACCAGAAGUGGACUUUGUCGUUCACCUUUUCCUGGAAAUUAUCGUUGAACAAGGUUUUUUACCAUUCAUUUUUAAUUGCUUUACUACCAGUCCCCAGAGAGCCAAUCAAAUUUGAGAGAGAAAACUCUCUCUCACGAGCUUAAUCUCUCAACAUGCCAUGUAUUUUGAUGACACUCAAUUUGAGAUUUCCCUAUCACAGACUUCAAAAUAGGGUAUCUGACACAGCAAAACAUGUUUGGUACCUCGAAUUCCCUCGUUUUUAACAUAUUUUGCACAAAAGAUACUUUCUGCCCCCACCCCAUUCAUAAAACACGGCUGCAGUCCUGUCAGGUGCGGGGCUUAGAAAGUAUUUUUUAUUCAGAACAUGUAAAAAGGAGAAACUUCGGAUUUUAAUCUAAAUGCAUAUAUAGAGGUACCAAACAUGUUUUGCACUGUAGUGUCCUCUGAGAACAAUGAACGGAAAACAGAUUAUGCGUAGUUUCCGAUAGAUGUCAUCGCAAACAACAGUAUUGACAUCUGAUGAAAAAUGAAUGCAGAAGCUUGAUAAAAUUGUUGGUGUUGAAUUUUGUAUUCGGACCUCCUUACAGAGAACGCACUGGGUUCAGUUGUGCCGUAUAUCUUAAAAAAUGUUGUCACCCUUCUACUGCUACAUAAAAUCCAACAAAAUUCAAUAUCGCUUCGGUAGAAACACAAGUGCUAACGAAACUUAUGGUUUAAUCGCCGGAAAUAAACGGCCAGAUCCCUUGGCGGGUGAGAUUAUCAAUCCAGAAUAAAUUUUACACUAAUCAAUUACAAUUUUACUGCAAAUUCACGUUUAUAAGGGUUUUCUAUGGCUUUCGAUUUUCCUCUUUUGACAUUGAUGUUCGCGUUGACGUUUGCUGAUCGCGGAUACAGGUGGACUCCGAUGCGGCGGCACAGCAAGAGGCCUUAUCCGCAGUGAUGCCAGAGUUGGCAACAUCCCCCGAUCCGUAACGUACUUUCGGUUCCGCUACCGACUCAACGUUAUCAUCGGAACACUCCACCCGUAAUCUGCACCAUGACCCAUCGCCUCCAGAACUGGUCUACGAGUUGUCUAGCCAUGUUCCAGUUCGUGCGUGUUACUCUCGUCUUCUCAGCUAGUGCCCUUGGAGGCUGUGCUACUCCACUGGAACCAAGCAAGAUGAAGUGGUUCGGUGUCAGCGCUUCCUGAUUAGAGUUCUCCAGAGGGAUGAACGUGAGAGGUCUGGAGUCCACAAUCGGUUCCGCGUCCGCGACCACGGUUAGCAACGUUUCAUCGUCCGGAUUUAUGUCGCUCCAGAACGAUCCCAUCGCUACUUUGACCGAUCUUACUAGGCGCUCCCAAACACCACCAAAAUUGGGAGCGGAUGGCGG